AAAAAAGAAAGAACAACCCUAAGGCCCUUAACUAAGCAAAAAGCUUGAGCACUUUCAAAUUGGUUUCCGCUUAUCGCUCCCCUUUUACCACCUAGACGUCAUCACUCGACACCACAAAUCGGAAAAUUUGUUAAACAAAAAGCCCUAAUUGUCAAAACUCACUCCCUCCCAAAAUUCCCAAGUCAGCGUAACCUUCGAUCCUUGUCAGAAACGCUUCCAUUCUGGCAUGAGAUCUCAUUACCACACCAUUUUCAACUGUUUAUAUUAAUCAGUUUGCUUUUAGUUUCUGGGGUUUUCUUCGAAUUGUUAGUUGAAGAGGGUGCUUCUUUAGCCUAGUCCAUCAACAAUGUCAGAGGACGUGCUUCUACACCUCGCCUCAAACUCCUCUAAUCAAUCCGAUCAGUCUCUACCAUCAAAAAUUGCAAAACUCGAAGCCAGAAUGGUGGGUAAAACCUCCACUGCCGUGGUGUCUACUCUCCAGCUUCCUGCUGCCCAAGCCGCAGCAACGCGGUCCUCAAUUUCUUCUUCUUCUGCCGCCAAGUUCGGAGCUAAUGCUGCUGGUGAGAUUUAUGCUGAAUCAUUGGAUUCUAGCGAUUCGGAAGAGGAUGAUAGUAAUGGGAGAGAGUUUCUCAUACAAGCUAACUUUCAGAAGCGUAGAAAGCUUGCAGAUGAUGCUGACUCAGCUGCAUCUGGACAGAUUAAGGUGGCAGUGGAUGCGAGGCAAAAAGUUGUGGAAGCAGUGGAGCCAGAGGGACGUGGUUCCAAUGAUCAAACAAGAAUACAAAAUUCUACUCAAUUGCUUACAUCAUCAAAUGGUCUUCUUGAGAACUCACAUCAAAAGGAGAGUAGUAGGCUAAAAGAGCAACUUGGACAAAAUGAACGUGCUUUGUUAGAUGAGGAACUUACAUCACUACGUGCCAAAAUAACAACUCUAGAGGAAGACUUAAAAAAAGCUCGCCAAGAGGCCUCAGAAUAUCAACACCUAUGCCAACAGUUGGAAAAGGAGCUUAAGGAGCUUAAAAAUAAUGAACAGCAGGUGAAACCAAAAAGAAUGAAAGUCAUAUCUGAUCUGUUGAUAUCUGUGUCUAAAGCUGAGAGACAAGAAGCAAGAACAAAAGUAAGACAAGAUUCUUUGCGACUUGGCAACGUGGGUGUUAUCAGAGCUGGAACAGUCAUUUCUGAGACUUGGGAAGAUGGGCAAGCCAUUAAGGAUCUUAAUGCUCAUCUGAGGCGUUUGUUAGAAUUGAGGGAGGCUGUUGAGAGGCAACGAAAAUCACUAAAGAAAAAGCAACCAGAUAAAGGCGAAGGAACAGAAGCCGAAUCUACAGAAGAAGACAUCAUCAUCCAGGAUGAAAUUUAUAAAUCCCGCCUCGCAAGCAUUAAACGUGAAGAGGAAAGCUAUGUUCGUGAAAGAGAUAGAUAUGAACUAGAAAAAGGACGACUUAUACGUGAAAUGAAACGUAUAAGAGAUGAAGAUGGGUCCCGCUUUAAUAAUUAUCAGAUCCUUAAUCAUCGAUAUGCUCUCUUAAACCUUCUUGGAAAAGGAGGAUUCAGUGAGGUUUACAAGGCAUUUGAUUUGGUGGAGUAUAGAUAUGUUGCAUGUAAGCUUCAUGGUUUAAACGCCCAAUGGAGUGAAGAUAAAAAGCAAAGCUACAUACGUCAUGCAAUAAGAGAAUACAAUAUUCAUAAAACUUUGGUUCAUCAUCACAUUGUUCGCCUAUGGGACAUCUUUGAAAUUGAUCAAAAUACUUUUUGCACCAUUUUGGACUAUUGUAGUGGUAAAGAUCUUGAUGCUGUUCUUAAAGCAACCCCUAUAUUGCCUGAGAAGGAAGCUAGGAUAAUUAUUUAUCAAAUAUUUCAAGGACUUAUUUACUUGAACAAAAGAAACCAGAAGAUUAUUCAUUAUGAUUUGAAGCCUGGAAAUGUCCUUUUUGAUGAAUUUGGUGUUGCAAAAGUAACUGAUUUUGGACUUAGUAAGAUUGUAGAGGAUGAUGUUGGAUCCCAAGGCAUGGAGCUUACUUCUCAGGGAGCUGGAACAUAUUGGUACCUUCCUCCAGAAUGCUUUGAGCUAAGUAAGAUCCCCCUCAUUUCAUCAAAGGUUGACGUGUGGUCAGCUGGUAUCCUGCUUUACCAAAUGCUAUUUGGGAAACGACCUUUUGGACAUGAUCAGACGCAAGAGCGCAUAUUGCGUGAAGAUACAAUAAUUAAAGCUAGAAAAGUUGAUUUCCCUUCUAGACCUUCUGUCUCAAAUGAAGCAAAGGAAUUUAUUCGGAGAUGCUUAACAUAUAACCAAGAAGAAAGACCCGAUGUGCUAACAAUCGCUCAAGACCCUUACUUAAUAUACUCCAAGAAAUGACCCGAAAAUUGGAAAUUUUCCUGAGUAAUUGUCAAGUGUAAGGUUUCCUUUUUUUUUUUUUAAUUGCUCAAAAGUUGGGCUUUUUGUUAUGUGUGUUGUCAAUCCCAUGACACCCUAAAAAACAUUUCUAGUCUCUUUUGUAUGGGUUUCCUUAGUUGGACCUUUUUUUUAAUGUAAAUAUAACAAUGGGAUGAAGUGGGGUAUUCAAGCGAUGUAUAAUGUUAUUCUUUUGUGACAUGACAUGAAAGUUAGACUUCUUGUUUUCGUGAGUGCAUGCGUGUGAAAUGGCUUUCUAUUGGAUGGUUGUGUAAACAUGUAAUGAUCGA